AUGCGUGUGCUCUCCGUAGAGCAGCAGGAUAGUGUGAGUGUGUCAGAGAACGAGUGCAGGGAGUUCAAGCCGCCCAUCCUUCAACCCUGCAACCAGGUGGACUGCCCUCCAGCAUGGGAGACUGAGCCCUGGCAGGAGUGCUCCCUCUCCUGCGGCGGGGGUAGCCAGGUACGUAAGGUGUUCUGUAAACAGCUGUUAUCUACGGGGGCCUACUGGACACUGGGGGACACAGCAUGCCCAGGGGCCAAACCGGCCCCUCAUAGGACCUGCUCCAAGACGGACUGUCUGCCCUACAUGGCUGGGGGAGAGUGGGGGAAGUGCUCUGUAUCCUGUGGUCUGGGGAUCCAACGUAGGGAGCCAGUGUGUCAGAGGUUAACCUCAGCUGGACAGCAGGUGAUGCUGGCGAGGAGGCUCUGCGAUGGCCUCUCCUCUCCACCCCUGGUCAGGACAUGCCGAAUGAUCACCUGCCCUAAGCAUAAGACAGAGAUGAACCCCAGACAGCUUGUGAAGGAAGCAUCCAGAAUCAACCAGCAGCCCACAAAGGAGACAGGGAAGGAAGCAUCAAAGGAAACAAUCAAGGAGCCAGUAAAGCGUUGUCCGUUGAUUCUAGGCUUGAGUCGUAUCUACAUCCAGACCCGGCAGGAGAAACGCCUCCACCUGACCAUCGGUGGGCGUGCUUACCUCCUACCAAAAACCUCCCUGAUCAUCAAAUGCCCUGUCCGGCGCUUCCAGAAAGCCUACAUCCGUUGGGAGAAGGACGGCCGCCCCCUGCACAGCUGCAAGCGUCUGGGCGUCACCAAAUCUGGUUCUCUAAAGAUCCACAGCCUAGGAGUUGUGGACAGUGGGGUGUACGUGUGUAUCGCCGGCCCCGCCUCAGACUCAUUCACCCUUAAACUGAUUGGCAGCGACAGCAGACUGAUCGACCGACCGGUUGAAAACGAAUCGGACCCCGAACCUGGCCUAGACCUGACCAGGAUUCAACCGCGAUUCAACCUUCAGGACUGGGACACCCAGGGUCUUCCUCACUGCCUCCCGUUUACCCCCAGCCUCAAAGGUCCCAGUCUGUCUCUGCUGCCCGGUGGUGUAGAGGCCUCGGUGUUGCAGGUGCAGGCGGGGGCCUUGGUGCUGCAGCCCUGGAGCCUGGAGGAGAGGGUGAGGAACGUGAGUCUGCAGGCGGAGAUGGGAGAGAUCAGCCAGGAACAGGCUUCUCAGAUCAUCUACACCCUCAUCACAGAGAUGUCUGGAGGCCAACAGGCCUCCACAGAGCAGUGGAAAGGGACCAAGGAGGAGACGGGGAACCCAAAAGACCGGACACCAAACUCGUCGGAGUGGUCGGCUAGUAGAUUCAAGAGACCAGUGAUCAUCCGACAGAGGCAGAACCCCCCGAUGACCUUCCAGAGGAGUCUGAACAUCAGUGUUGGCCAGACAGCCUUCCUGACCAACGCCACGCAGGAGUUGUACCUGCUCUGCCCCACAGAGGGCAUCCCGCAGCCCCAAAUCACCUGGACCAAGGACGGAGUAGAGCUACAACUAACUGACAGGGUACACUGGGAUAUCUCUGGCGGACUGCAUAUCUCUAGUCCUGGGCCGGGGGACAGAGGAGUGUACAGGUGCACAGCCUCAAACACCCACGGUUCAGCCUCAGAGACUACACAGCUGCUGUUAGCUGAGCCUCCUGUGAUAGCUGUGUCGUGGAGGAACAUAUCGGACAAGGAAGUCCCCAGUCUGAGGGCCGUGGUGGGGGGACGGGUCAGCCUACGCCCUGGGGCUAACCUAACUCUAGACUGCCCCGUCACAGGUGUGCCUCAGCCUACAGUAACUUGGCAGAGGAAGGAGGGUGUGUUAGAUGUCAGCGUGGCGGUACCCCUGCCCUCUGGUUCUCUGUGGCUCCAAAACGUCACUCUCCAGAGCCAAGGCACCUACUCCUGCAUGGCUGCCAACCCCAUAGGAAAAUCCACCGCUUCCACUGUUCUCCAUGUCACCGGUUCAGCUCCAGACCCAGCUCCAGGCAGAGGUUCUACAAUGUCCCAGCAGUUCAAGGAGCUGAGCAGGAGGAGAGUCCUCAUGGCUUCACGCAUGGGAACCACUGUGACCAUCAGACCUGGAGACAUCCUACGCAUAGGAUGCCCAGUGGUUCCAGACCAUAGAGGGCCUGUCCGUUGGGACUACCAGAACCACACUCUGAAGGAGUCCACCUGGACCGGACCAGACUUUGCCGUAGGACAGAGGCUGGGUCCUGGGCAGAAUCAGGGUCUGGGUUCUGGUCUGGGUCUUCAGUACCGUAUACUGGUGGGAGGUCGUGUUCUGGAGGUGAACACGGUGCAGGGAAGGUUCUCUGGACACUACCGGUGCCAGACCCCCAUCCACGACAACACACAGCUGCUGUCUGCUUGGAUCCACGUCCAUGCUGAAGAGUUUGCGUGGCGUCUUGGGGACUGGACGGCGUGCAGCGCCUCGUGUGGGGACCGGGGGAUGAGGACACGGAGGGUCCGCUGUGUCACGCCAGAGGGACGUGAGGUCACACCCUCCGUGUGUCACCACCUAGACAGACCUGUCUCCUCACAGCUGGCCUGCAACCUGCAUGACUGCCCCCCCAGCUGGGUAGCAUCUGUGUGGUCUAAGUGUUCCACUUCCUGUGGGCGGGGCUGGAGACAGCGGCAGGUGUCCUGUGGGCAGGUGGAGUCGGGGGGAGCGGUGAGGACGCUAGCGCCAUCUGUCUGUGGGAGGAACACGCGGCCUGCAGACAGACAGGAGUGUACCUGCGACAACUGUCCAGCCUGGGUUACCAGCCCCUGGGGAAAGUGCUCGGGGAAAUGUUUGGGUCCCACCCUCACAGUCCAGAAGAGGUCGGUGAUAUGUAGACAUGUCAACGGCACCACACACCCUGACUGUGACCCCAGAGAAAGGCCCGUCUCAGUGCGUAACUGUUCGUCGGAGCUGUGUGACGUGCACUGGCGCGUGGGGCCGUGGCGAGCGUGCACGGCAGCCUGUGGCAGCGGGUUUCAGUCUCGCAGGGUGGACUGUGCCCACCUCAGGAGUGGCAGAACCCUGGCAGACCAGCACUGCACCUGGCACAGACGCCCAGCCACCUGGCAGCACUGUAACGCCACCACCUGUGGAAGUGAAUGUAAAGACACCACCCACUACUGUGCUGUGGUGAAGAGGUUAAAGCUUUGCCCCAUCGACAUGUACAAGCAGAGGUGUUGUGAGUCUUGUUUACAGGAGGAUGGCUCCACCUAGUGUUCUAGGAGGAAGUUGCCCCUAGAUGCUGGUCUUGGGUUAGUUUUGCAUUUCCUCCACUAGCGGUUAAGGCUGGGAUUGGGGAGGGGAAGCUGAUCCUAGAUCUGUAUCUAGAGGAAACCCCUGAGCGUUGAGACACAGUGUGGACAACAUAACUCUUGGAAGCCAUGGAUGGAUGGAUGGAUGGAUGGAUGGAUGGAUGGAUGGAUGGAUGGAUGGAUGGAUGGAUGGAGGGAUAGAUUUAAGGAGGGAUGGACGAAG